AUGCCCGGGCGUCGCGCCCGGUUUAGGGCGGUUCUAAACGCGGGGCAGCAUCUCUGCAGGGGAGAGCAGCACGAGAAGGGGGUGUGGAGAAGUGAUCGGUUUUCAUCGCGCAUGACAGGGGAGAGGGGGGUGCAUCAAGCAACCAUCGCCAUCGCAGCAGAGGCAACAGUCUCGGUAAAACAAAUAAUAGUAAUAACAAUAAUAGUAAUAAUAAUAAUAAUAAUAAUAAGAACAAUAACAAUACAAAAACGAGGCUCGAUUUGCCUGCCUCACCAGCAUAUCGAUAGCUGCUGUGUGCUCCUAGGGGAGCCAGUAUCAGACGAUGGUGGUGCUGUCUGUGUGCUCUCUCCCUCCCCUUGGGUCGCCUGCUUGUUGGCCGCUCUGGCCCCUGUUGGGCGGAGAGCUUUGACAGCAGUGGGCGAGCAGCGGCGCCAUGCUCAACCCAACCCGGUCCACAAGGCAUUGCACCCCGAGCCGCCGCCGCAACACUGA